AUGACACGCUCCUUGCGACAGUGCCUCAGGGACUACCUGGCCGAGCGCCGAAUUCGCCGGAACCGUCUGGUCACCAAAGACGGUCACUGCAAUAUCGAAUAUGGUAACAUCAAGUACAGCAGCCACUUCACUUACUUGCUGGACUUCUGGACCACCUUCGUUGAGAUCCGUUGGCGCUACGUGACCUUCUUAUUUGUUGCGUCCUUCACGCUCAGCUGGUUCAUCUUUGGUCUCAUCUGGUACUGGAUCGCCCGCAGCAACGGUGACCUGAAGUGGCAGAACCCUCAGUCUGGACACAUUUCAUGUGUGGACAACGUCGAAGGCCUAACCACAGCCUUCCUCUACUCCCUGGAAACACAGACCACCAUUGGAUACGGCGGGCGAGCCAUCACCCCUCACUGCCCAGGGGCUGUGGCCCUAAUCAUCAUUCAGUCUCUCAUAGGCGCCAUCAUCAACUGCUUCUGGUGUGGGGUGGUCAUGACCAAAAUUGCCCUGCCCAAAAAGAGGGCCAAGACCAUCAGCUUCAGCGAGAUGGCCGUCAUCUGUCCUAAAAAGGACACACUCUGCCUUCAGAUCCGGGUGGCCAACUUACGUAAGACCCUGAUGAUCGGUAGCCAGAUCUACGGCAAGCUCCUGAAGACGACCGUGACCGCCGAAGGUGAGACAGUCAUUAUGGACCAAAUCAAUAUUGACUUCAUGGUGGAUGCUGGUAAAGACAACCUGUUUUUCAUCUGCCCUUUGACCUUGUACCAUGUGAUUGACAAGUCCAGCCCAUUCUAUGAGAUAGCAGUUGACACCAUGCACCAGCUUGCGUUUGAGUUGGUGGUCUUUCUGGAUGGAACAGCUGAGUCUACCAGCUCCUCCUGCCAGGUCAGAACUUCUUACAUCCCGCAAGAGAUCAUGUGGGGCUACAACUUCCUUCCAAUCAUCUCCCGCAGUAAAGAGGGAAAAUACCGCGUAGACUUCUCCAACUUCUCCAAAGUGGUUCCUGUGCCAACCGCACACUGCGCCUCCUGUUUCCACAACGACAAAGGUCACCAUCUCCACGACAGAAGAGGCACUGCCAACCCGGGAUUUGAGGUUAUCAACAUCGAUGACCCACCGAAUGGCACCAGGAUGUAA